AUGUCUGUCGCACAUGCCAUCAACCACUGCAACGCGAAGCACAGCACGCCCGACGUCGUGGGCGGUCUGUUCGCUCUUGAGCCUUUCCGCGGCGUGGCACUCGCGUUCCCGGGUGUUGACGGCGCGGAGGAAGGCGACUCCGGCAAUCCAGAUCCCCAAUACCCCCUUCCGCGCCCCACAAUCAAAUGCUGUAUCUUUGCACCAGCUCCCCCGCUUGAUAAAGCUCCUGAAGAAGACGAGGAAGACAAUGAACGUUAUAAGCUGCAGGCUCAAGUCGACGAGCAGCACAUUGGUGCCCACGGUCUUCAGGUUCCCCUCCCAGUUGCCCGCGCAGGCGAUGCCGGAGCCGGAUCACUGGGCGAGGGAGCCAACGAUGUCCAAUGUGAUGAAGAGCGGCCGAGCCAGAGGGGCGGGACGCGGAAGAAGACCUGCCUAUACGUCGGUAAGGUCGUCCGGAUUAGACGCGUAGGCAGCAGGUACGACGUGACGCAGACGAAAAUGGGCGAGAUGGCGAUAUCUGACGCGCUCACGGCAUACAGCGGGAUCGAGGCGAAGUUGUCGAUCGACGCGUUGCACACCGACCAGCCGGCCGUCGAGAUGACGCAGACCACAAACAGCGGGAUCGUGUCCUUGUCCUUGUCACGCGCGGUGUGGUUGUGA